UUAAGCACUCACCGUGAAACAGCUCAUUUACUUUUCACAAGCAGCUUGUGAGGCAAGACUCAUGUCACCCCCUUUCACAGGCAAGGCGAGCGAGGCGCUUGCCUGUCGUUACCCAGAGGGAAGAUUGGCAGCUCACAUGGAUCCGGGGCAUGUGUGGGUCUCGAAGUCGGACCGUGUGGCCUUGGCACAGUCUCUGCCACCUGCACCCACUCCCCGGGUUCUCAACCAGGCCGACAAAGACGCCGGCCUCAGGGGCUUGCGGGAAGGGCACGCGCUCAGUUACCGUCAUCAGGGGUACAGCUCUGAGCAAACUGGGGAAACUCAUAUGGUUAUUACCUCACUAUUGUUACCGUGACGGCCGUGCCCAUCUGCAGCUGGGGAAACCAGAGCUCAGAGCUCCUUGGUCCCCCAGCACCUGGGCCUGUCCUCCCCCAGUGCCCCCAGCCCACACCUGGCCCUCAGCCCCAGCCUGCGUGACUCCAGCAUGGCCCCGCUGGACAUUCGCCUGAUGCAACCAUUGUACCGCUGCCAGGCCCUUGCACAACACAGACACCCGACUGGCUGGUUAACGAUUGACCGGGGGUUGAAGGGGCGCUGAGGCAUAAAAGGCAGCAGUGGCGCCGUGACCGCACCUCCAGCCACUCAGCCACGGCCAUGCUCGCUCUGUGUCUGCUGUGCUCCCUGCUAACGACGGCCUGGCCGGCCUCUGCGGCCCCCGUGGGCAGCGUGGAGCCGGCACAGCACGAGGAGCUGACCCUGCUCUUCCACGGGGCCCUGCAGCUGGGCCAGGCCCUCAACGGCGUGUACAAGACCACAGAUGCACGGCUGACGGAGGCCCGGCACAGCAUCGGCCUCUACGGCCGUGCCCUGGGGCUCCUGGGGCGGGAGGUCAGCCAGGGCAGGGAUGCGGCCCAGGAGCUCCGCGCCAGCUUGCGGGAGAUGCAGGGGGAAGAGGAAGCGCUGCAGCUGCAGGCAGAGGCCACGGCCCGGGCGCUGGGGAAGGCGGCCCAGGGGCAGCAGGUGCUGCGGGAGAGCAUGCGGCGGCUGGAAGUCCGGCUGAGAGGGGCCUGGCUGGGCCCCGCCCAUCAAGAAUUCGAGGCUUUGAAGGCCCAUGCUGACAAGCAGAGCCACAUCCUGUGGGCCCUCACGGGCCACGUGCAGCGACAGAGGCGGGAGAUGGUGGCACAGCAGCACCGGCUGCGACAGAUCCAGGAAAGACUCCACACAGCCGCGCUCCCAGCCUGAGCCUGCCUGGCAGCACUGAGGACCAGCCAUGCACACCUAGGGACGCUGCCACGCCCCAUGCGGCCCCUGCACAGGGAGGAGCCGCCUGUCUGCUGGGGUCAGCCAGGCUGUCGGGCCCCGCUUCCGGCCCUGGAUCAGAGACAGAAGCAGGUGGGGACGAAGGCAGAAGACAUGGCCCCACGGAGGAGGAGUGAAGGAAAGACAUGCGUGCCUUCAUGCCUACAUACCCAUUAAAGCAACA